AUGGACCACCAGGAGCCCUACUCCGUGCAGGCCACUGCAGCCAUUGCGGCGGUCAUCACCUUCCUCAUCCUCUUCACCAUCUUUGGCAACGCGCUGGUCAUCCUGGCUGUGUUGACGAGCCGCUCGCUGCGCGCCCCGCAGAACCUGUUCCUGGUGUCGCUGGCCGCUGCCGACAUCCUGGUGGCCACGCUCAUCAUCCCUUUCUCGUUGGCCAAUGAGCUGCUGGGCUACUGGUACUUCCGGCGCACGUGGUGUGAGGUGUACCUGGCGCUCGACGUGCUCUUCUGUACGUCUUCCAUCGUGCACCUGUGCGCCAUCAGCCUGGACCGCUACUGGGCCGUGACGCGCGCGCUGGAGUACAACACCAAGCGCACCCCGCGCCGCAUCAAGUGCAUCAUCCUCACCGUGUGGCUCAUCGCAGCUGUCAUCUCGCUGCCGCCCCUUAUCUACAAGGGGGACCAGGGCCCCCAGCCGCGCGGGCGGCCGCAGUGCAAGCUCAACCAAGAGGCCUGGUAUAUCCUGGCCUCCAGCAUCGGAUCCUUCUUUGCACCCUGCCUCAUCAUGAUCCUUGUCUACCUGCGCAUCUACCUGAUUGCUAAACGCAGCCACCUCAGAGGUCCCAGGGCCAAGGGAGGCCCUGGGGGAGGUGGGUCUAAGCAGCCCCACCCAGUCCCUGCAGGAGCUUCAGCCUCAGCCAAACUGCCCACUGUGGCCUCUUGUCUGGCUGCUGCCGGAGAGGCCAAUGGACACUCCGAGCCCACUGGGGAGAAGGAGGCAGAGACCCCUGAAGAUUCUGGGACCCCUGCCUUGCCCCCCAGCUGGCCUGCCCUUCCUAGUUCAGGCCAGGAUCAGAAGGAAGGAGUUUGUGGGGCAUCUCUGGAGGAGGAAGCUGAAGAGGAGGAGGAAGAGGAGGAGGAGGAGGAGGAGGGGGAGGAAGAGUGUGAGCCUCAGGCGUUGCCAGCAUCUCCUGCCUCAGCUUGCAGCCCACCCCUGCAGCAGCCACAGGGCUCCCGGGUGCUGGCGACCCUACGUGGCCAGGUGCUCCUGGGCAGGGGUGUGGCCACUGCAGGUGCGCAGUGGUGGCGGCGGCGGGCACAGCUGACUCGGGAGAAGCGGUUCACCUUCGUGCUGGCCGUGGUCAUUGGCGUCUUCGUGCUCUGCUGGUUCCCCUUCUUCUUCAGCUACAGCCUGGGUGCCAUCUGCCCCCAGCACUGCAAGGUGCCCCACGGCCUCUUCCAGUUCUUUUUCUGGAUCGGCUACUGCAACAGCUCGCUGAACCCCGUCAUCUACACCAUCUUCAACCAGGACUUUCGCCGUGCCUUCCGAAGGAUCCUUUGCCGCCAGUGGACCCAGACGGCAUGGUGA